AUGGAAGAUAAAGAUCCUGAUUAUCAACCACCUUAUGAUCCUGCGACUGAUAAAGAAAAAUUAAAAGAACAAAUAACAGCUUUGAACAAUUUUCUUUCUGCUUGUGGUAGUAAAAGAAAAGUAAAUGUGACAACUUCCUAUAAAGAUCUAUCAUAUCGUGUCAAAUUGCGAUAUGUAAGUUUAGUAAAACUCAUAACACGAUCAGCUACAUUGUUGAUAGCAUCGGAUGAUGCUGACAUGCUUAUGCAUGACUCAUUUAAGGAUGUAAACAGUGAAAAUUCGAAUAUUGUUUUAGACGGAAAUUUUCGUCAAAUAAUGAGUGGUAUUUCAGAAGCAUAUACCAGUGCUGAAUCGUGGCAAUCGAGACGAGAGAUUCUCUCAAUCGUUGCACCGAAAAUAUCGUUAAAUCUCAUGCAACUGCUCAUACCAGGUUUAACUGGUUACAGAUUUUCUGCAGCGCGCUUGCAC